AUGUGCAAUGGCUUGAUCUCCGUCGGAAUGUUUGUAUGGAGACGAGAAAUUACUUGGAGUUACUAACUACUCGUUGCAAAGUUCGUAGAAAUUCAGAAUUGUUAUGCAGUGCUUCUGCAAUGAAAAGAUAGGAGCUACUAGGGAAUGCAACAACAACUGUUUCUGAAUGUGUUCUGAGCCAUGAAGCUGAGAGGGGUGACGAUUUUAUAGUCAACAAGUAUUAUUACUGUGGUGAACAAUGUCUCUCUUCAAAACCCGUGACUGGUGGUCUGCAACGGUUGGAGAAGAGGAAGAAUUUGAUCAUGGCUGUUUGUGUGUGGCUAAUGUUGAUAAUGAUCCCAGUGGACAUGACAAGAUCAUCAUCGGCAGCUUCCAGGGCAUCCUGAGAAUCUACAAGCCCAAUCCUGCUGGGGAGAACCCCGUGGAGGAUGUGGUGGUGGAACAAGCUUUCAAGCAGGCCAUUCUACAGGUGGAGGUCGGCAGGUUCUCCUCAGCUUCUGAGGUCCUGAAACUGGCGGUGUUGCAUCCAAGGAAGCUUGCAGUAUACAAUGUUUCUGCCAUCUCAGGCACAGUGGAGCAUGGGAGUCAGUAUCAGUUUGCCCUGCUCUACGAACACAAUCUUCAGAGAACAGCCUUCAAUUUCUGCUAUGGAUGUUUUGGAGGAGUCAAAGGGAAGGAUUUCAUUUGUGUGCAAUCCAUGGAUGGAACGGUGUCCAUAUUUGAGCAGGAGAGCUUUGCCUUCAGCCGUUUCCUGCCAGGAGCACUGUUACCAGGACCAAUUAAAUAUAUGCCACGGCUAGACUCCUUUGUUACGGCAUCCUGUUCAUGGAGAGUAGAGGCCUACAAAUAUCAAGUGUUGGCAGUGGCCUCUGAGACUGGGGGCCGAGAGGAGACUCAGAACAUCAAGUCUGGCAAGAAAGUGGUGGCUGACUGGGUCUACAACAUUGGAGAACAAGCCCUUGAUCUGGCUUACCUGGAGUACACGAAUGUCGCUCCAAGUGUACUGGUUCUUGGAGAACGCAGCAUUUUCUGUAUUGCCGAUAAUGGAACAUUGAGGUUUGCCAAGAAACUUGAGUACGACCCUUGCUGCUUUCUGCCCUAUGGUUCUUUGUCGGAGAACUCUGUGAACUACCUGGUGGGGACUCACACCAAGUCUCUGAUGGUCUACCAGGACUACACGCUCAAGUGGGUCGCCAAAAUGGAGUUUGUUCCUGUGCAAGUCAGAGUCGGAAACUUCCAGAGUUUACGUGGUGGCAUUGUAGGACUUAGUGAGUCUGGCCGGCUGGAAACUAUGUACCUUGGCACCGACCCGUCAGUGUUCAGCCCUCCGCAGGUCGAGUCUCGAGACCUCAACUACGCCAGCAUGGACGCCGAGAUGUCCAGACUUAUGAAACACGUCAAAGCCAAGAGUGCAAACAAUGUGAUCACGCCAAGCUUGAAGACAGAUGAAGACUUGACCUUGAAUGUUCACGUCAGUCCUAACCUGGAUGAUGUCACGAUGGCGUCAGGUCUGGAGAUACAGGGAGAAGAUGUUCCCUCCACCACACUUAGAAUACAAAUGAAGUCCCGGCUGUUGUUGGACACUGUGAGGCUGGAGAUUCACUGUCCUUGGCCUCUGGCCUGCAAUCAGUCGCAGUUCACCGUCUCCUCGCUAGAACCCAACAGUCCCACAGAAACAUUUGUGGCCGUGUUCCAGCGGUUCCCUGGCCUUCCGUCUCACAUGCAUGUACAGAUCUCUGCCACAUACACCUCAGCCUCUGGUGGCCGGCGUGUGACCAGCGCACGAGCCAACCUGCCUUUCAAGCUGGUGGUCAAGCCCGUGUUCCCUGUGAAAACAGCCGUUCAUAAACUGACCAUCGACACCAAUAGGCCCCCUGUUAGUCUCAAUGACAUUUUCCCAGAUUUGCUGGGUGAGAAUGCUUCAGGUCAGGGAGCAGCUCUGGGCUUUCAGUACUUCGGUGGAGGUCCCAUCGUCACCAUGUUGGCCUCUAAAACUUCACAACGAUACCGCCUCCAGAGCGACAGACUGGAAUCCAUGUGGCUUCCUCUGCGCGAGCUUGUUGCUCGGCUGAACAAUCACUUCAAGAAAGGCAGCCACAGUGACUUCCGCGUCAGUUUUGAUGGGGCUUUGCCACUGCAGGAAUACUUUGAGCUUGUGGACACACACUUUGAUUUCCGCACCGGGGCUGACAAGUGCAAAGAGAUGCUGGCUCAGCGAGCAUCACAGUUCCGCACCAUACAGAAGCGUCUAUUGACUCGCUUCAAGGACAAGACCCCAGCACCACUGCAGAAUUUGGACACUUUGCUGGAGGGGACUUAUCGACAGAUUUUGGCCCUGGCGGAUGCCGUUGACGAAAACUCCAUGGCGGAAAUGGUGGCGGGCAACAACCUGAGCUCCGGCACUUACCUUCUGAACUUCCUGCUCAAACUGUGGGUGGACAUGUCUGAGGAAGAGUCACGGGUCCUUGAGACAACGCUCAGUCCUGUGGUCAAUGCCAGUGAGGAGCAGGGCUGGGAGGAGGCUGUGGACGCGGCAAUCACCCAUCUCCUUCGUACAGUAAUGGCUAAGUCGGCCAAAGACCAGGCGGUGAACCCCAGCCCUCUGGCUCUGCCAACAGACACCAGCAAGGUGAAGAAGCAUAUCGCUCUCUUCUGUGAUCGCGUCGGUAAAGGGGCACGACUUGUUGAAGGCCUGAAAGAUAAGAAGGAGAAGACCAUCAAGAUGCCGGCACCGAAGACGAUCACCGAGUCGAGCGAGCCUGGGGAGCCUGUGGACCAGGUCCCGGUGGACCAGCUGUUGAAUCAGAAAUACCGCAAGGGCAAGGGCAAGAGCAAGAAGAACAAGGAGCUCUCGUCUCUCGGUUUGCCGGAGAUGGACAAACCGUAUGCUGGCUUACUAGAAGGAGGACUUCCUCCUCCCCCAGUGAACAGACUUCCUCCAGAGGACUUGGAGUCGCAGCGUAAGAUCGAGAGCAUGGUUCCUGACCUUGACUCCAUGGGAGAAGACAUGGCAGCGUCCCCUCGUGAGGACAUGUCGUAUGACAGAGGGGACAUGGAUCACCGCCAUCACAACGGGGAAUCGCGCAGCUACGGUUAUAGGGGGAACUCGAAUAACAACGAAGGAGAGGACAAUGACGAAGAUGAUGAUAUGAGAAGAAUGAUGGAAAAAGGAAGCAGUGAGAUUAUGUAUGCUUUGUGAGGGCAUUUUGGGUUGGGUGGGAUGGGGAAAGGAUUUAAGGGGGGUUAUGAUGAUGUUUUUGGUUUUUUUAACUUGUGGUAAUGUUUAGCAGAUUUCUCUCUGAUAUUGAGAUCAGGGAAGUAAUACGGGGUGGGGUUUAACGUUGGAGUGCAUUCCCAAUGUAUUGGUGACUUUACCUGCUUUUUUUUUUUAGAUGUGCUGAGUUAAAGAUUAAAUAUUGAUCGAGUUAUGUAUGGUGCCGCAGAAAAAGAAAGUAGUGUCUGAAUGUUCUGUGAGGGGCUCUGGAGGUAAGAAGGAGGAGGAAGAGAUGAAUAUUUUGUGAGGUGCUUUGGGGGUCAGGAGGAGGAGGAAGAGGGGGGGCAGGGGUUGAGUGCAUGUAGCAGUGUGUUCUAUUCUCCUUGUUGGAAUAGAAAGAGGAGCAGGGAGAGUGUGUGGAUGGGUUGGUAAGUGAAACUGUAAUUGAUGUGUAAUGAUGCAUUUGGAAUCUAAAUAUGGUUACUGCUAUUUUGCUGUAAUCUGAAAAUGUGAAAUCACCAGGUGUAUUUCUAACAAUUUUAUCCCCAUAUUAAACAAAGACGGAAUGUUUCAGAGAUAUGCUUCUGAAGCAAGAUGGACAGAACAGUAUGACAUUAGACUCACAAAUUCUGUCACAUUCCUUGGGCUGCUUUCAUUGGGCUUUCCUGUUUCACAAUAGAUGCUGCUAGACGCUUCAUUUCCUUUGCAUUUAGCAGCCAGUGUAAAUAUCUCACUUCUGGGAAUCAUGCCUUGAGUCUCCCCCAUGGUGGCAGGAAUAGUACAUUGAGAGUUUACAUGAUACGCGGCGUGAUGGAAUCGGGCAUUCUUCAAUUUUUUGGCAUGUGGAGUUAUUGGUAUCAUCUUAAAGGCUGUCCAUUUGCCUUGCUUUCGAUGAAAAGAAUAUCCAUUUAUCCUGGGUACAAGUCGAAAUAUUUGUGAUUAAAAGAAGUGAGGGUUGCCUGGUUUCAGAAGUAAAAUUAACGAGCAAAUGGCUGCCAAAGUUUACUUAUUUCCUUAGGUUGAGAGUCCCUGGAAACUAACAAUUUACAUCUUGUAUAUCUUGAUCAACGUUUUUCAGUAAAAUCCACACAGAAAUGUGUUCUUUAAAGGGCAUGAAAGGUGUUGAGCCAAAAAACAAAAAUUCAAUAAAAAUUCCCAAACCUGCGGAAAAAUUCCAGUUUCUUCACUUUCAUUAUUUUGACGAGUGCCUGAUAUCACCUCGCUGCCUCACUUAUCAUGUUAAUUCUUGAUGAGAAAUAUGUAAUUGUACACCAAGUGUUGUGUCAAACUAGUGAGCCUAUAGCUUUAAAAAUACAGAGAAAUGUUUUGUGGAAAACGACUACAAAUGAGAUGCUCCUUUGCAAUAAAUGCAUGUUUUUCAUGAAAAGUUACAUUUAUGAGAGUUUGCUUCCCUGCCUUCAAUGUGUUAAAAUAUUGGCAAGAGAAGAGUUGUAUCAAGCUAGAUUUCAAUGUAUGGAUGUAUGAUACAAUGUGCACAGUAUUCUCUCAUAGGAUCAGGGAUUCUUUGACGCACAUAAUGCAUGUACAUGUACAUAAGAUCAGUGAUGAAUUUUCCGUCCAGAAAGAAUAGUUGAAUAGAAUAUUGGCCAAAAUGUAUUGAAAUAUUUGAGCUUAUUCUUCGUCUUUUGCCCUUAUAUUCCUUUGUCCUGUUAUUGUUUAAGAAAAAAAAGGAUAUUGUAAGGUUAUGAUAACCUUUUUUCUUUGGAUUGAGGGAACAUAAUUUUUAAAAAUCCUAUCUUGUGUAUUAAAUGUUUUUAUAAAAUGCAGCAACAUUUCAUGGAGUUUGAGAGCUCUGUUAGCUCUUUUCUUUUUGCUUGGGGGGGGGGGGGACUUACACUUGGGGGUCUACACAAGAUGAGGUGUGUUAUAUAAGUGAUUAUAAAUGGUAAAGGUUCUUUUUAUUGUUUUUUGUCAAAUCUCUGACUUGGCCAGUUUGUACCUAUCACAUUGAUGUCCUUCAUGUCUAGCCAUAGCUCUUUGUGUCUUUGUUCUGUUACAUAUGCUCACGGUAUGGGACCAAAUGUUAGAAAUAAUUACUUUUCAGAACAGAAACACCUGAAGGUACUGGACAGGGUGGCAAUUUUGUCAUUAUGCUAAGCCUGCAGCUGUAGGAAUAGUCUAGGAAUGCUGUAUGGGAAAACCUGUUGACUGAGAUUUCUCUAGGGUUGUUUCUGUGGCAAAAUCAUUGAGAUAUUACAGUAGUCUUUAAAACAAACACGGUUAAUCCGAAAACAGGGGUAAACUGAAAGAAAAAAUAUCCCUGAUUUCUUUCUUCACUAUUUGAGCAAACUUUCUAAACCAAAAACUCGACUAAACUGAAGAAAAUCCGGCCGUCCGUUAGAUUUUGCUUUAAGUGGACUCCACUGUAUACUAAGACUCUUUUGCGAAAUUAUUGAGAUACUGGAAAGAAAUUAUUGAAAUAUUAUAAUAGUGAAAUCUUUGAGGUGCUGUUACAAAAUUAUUGAGAUAUUAUUAUAGCUUGGUCUCCUACUCUGAGUGUAGCCCUGAGUGCUGUGGCCAGUACAUGAGAGGAGGCUGCUUGUGGCCAUUGUUGACAUGUGAAUUGUUUUGCUCUAUCUUGUCUUGGACGAUUCCAUCCGAUAUUUAUGACAUUCCAUACAUGUUUAUGAGGCGCUCUGAUUAUAAGAAAUAUGCGUUAUUGCUGAUAUUGAAGAUGCUGAGUUUUAUAUUGUAAGUGCAUAUUGAAUUGUAUAUACUGUGAUAUUUUCCUACAAAUUGAUUGAGACGUAAUGAAUAUAUCAAUGUGUGGAGUCCGGUUGAUAUCAGUGUAUCGGAACUCAAUUCGUUUUGUUUAAGAGUAGUUUUUCUUUUAUUGACUUCCUGGCAGGCACUGAGAUGAUGGUGUUGUGGAGAGGUGUUAUUUUAUCUGAGUUUAUUUCAAGUGAACUCAACUGUUCAGCCUGUAGAAAAAAAACUGUCAAUGUUUAAAUGAAUUAGUUUUGUAUCCUGUUGUAUUUUUGAGAAUGUGUGCAUUGUGUUGUAUGAUAAGCUUCUCACAUCACCAUAUUAGUUUGAACAUUAAUAACGUGAUGAUUACAUCUCCCAUUUUUUAAGAAUAAAAAGCUGAAAGUAAAGUUUUAAAGUUAUGGAUUACAACAGUAAUAAUUAUCAGUUGUAAAAUAAAGUUUUGUGAAAUCUGCAGAAUGUGAGGUUUGUCUUUGGUGAAAAGAAAUCUUUGUCACUUCAUUAGAAUAGACCAUAAAUCAUGUCACAGAUUAAAUAUAUAGUGUAAAAGGAAUUGUUGCCAGGAAGUCUAGCUACUCUCAGUCUCAGACUUGUAGAAAAGAAUUGGCUGUGAUAGUUUGUGUAUUCAUGGAUAGAGAGCCGUUGAAGUACUGAUCCUGGCUGGUUAUUUAUUUCUUUAUCAUGUGUUGGAAUCUCAGUCUAUUCCUUGUGUCUGUUUGUUGUCAGGCUUGGAGGAGGGGGGGAUUUCUAUGAAGUGUUUUGAUUUAUACUGUAAAGAGAGCUUUCAUUUCAAGUUAUAUAUGUGUUUGUUAUUUUUCUUGAUUUGCAUGUAAAUGUAAGUGUAUGCAGAUUGGUUUGUGUGAUAUGUGUUGGCUAUGUCUAUCAGUAAAGAGAACUUUUGUUUCAAAUUGAUAGAGUGUUAUUAUGCUGUUUUUAUGAUGUCACAGUGAAAUCAGACACUCGUCAGAAUAAUUGUCAUUUUUCUGCCUAUUGGGCAAUUUUUAUUCAAUUUUUAUGGAGUUUCUUGUUCAACACCUUUUAUGUCCUUUUAGCAACACCAUUCUGUACUGAGUUAAA